AUGAGUGAGGUGUUUACGCAUGUUUGGGAACUUUUGAAUAGUCGUCAGAGAGCCACUUUGGGAACACGACCUAAGCAAAUGGGCAACAGGAACGAUCUAUCCAAACGGUGCAUUCGCGCCUACAUUAAGCAGGCAGACCAUAGCGUCUGGGAUGACCAUGCGGAAAGAUUGAUGUUCGCUUUGAACACCUCGUUUGACGCCACACAUUUGGAUUUCCUGUUCUACCUAGUUCAUAGUUGGGAUCCAGAACGUACUCUGAAAGCGAUGUUAGGUCCGACACCAUCAAGUGUGUCCGAAAGAACCGCCUACGGGUGGAUACGAAACGUUCAGAGAGACUAUGGUUAUACGAAGGCAUGUGCUGAGGACUUGCAGAAUCAAGCUAGACGACAUCGCUCCGAAAUCCAGACGCAAAAGUGGAAGGAGUUGUCCGAACGCCUGAAGUCAGGAUUCCAGAAAGGUGACGCUGUUUGGUUGUAUAUUCCAAAAGUGCAGACCGGACUAAUGCUGUACGAUUUCAGAGUGAACCUGAAGAUUGACAAUACCGGUCAAUCCGUGGGUUCAUAUCAGCCGUCCGAAGGCGAGAGCGUUGUUUCCCAAAAGACCGACAGUUACUGUGGAUGGGGAUGGGGAUGA